AUGGUGAGCAAGGACGUGCUGGAGGACGCGGUGGAGGAGUGUGUCAUCAGUGAGGAGUACAAGAUCUGGAGGAAAAACACUCCUUUGCAUCACCAACACGACUUGGUGAUGACACACGCCCUGGAGUGGCCCAGCCUCACGGUGCAGUGGCUGCCUGAUGUGACCAGGCCAGAAGGAAAGGAUUAUGCUCUGCACUGGGUGAUUUUGGGAACACACAUGUCUGAUGAACAGAGCCACCUGGUUGUUGCCAGAGUCCAGAUUCCCAACAAUGAGUUUGAUGCUUUGCAGUCUGACAGUGAGAAAGGAGAAUUUGGGGGCUUUGGAUCUGUGACUGGCAAAAUUGAGGUGGAGAUUGAAAUUAACCACGAGGGUGAAGUGAACCGUGCCCAUUACAUGCUGCAGAAUCCCUGCAUCAUUGUGACAAAAACACCGUCUGCUGAUGUGCUGGUGUUUGACUACACUGAACAUCUUUCAAAAACAGACCCAAGUGGAGAGUGUAAUCCUGACCUUAAAUUAAAAGGACACCAGAAGGAAGGCUAUGGCUUAUCAUGGAACUCAAAUUUGAGUGGACAUCUUCUCAGUGCAUCAGAUGAUCAUACAGUGUGUUUAUGGGAUGUAGGUGCUGGACCCAAAGAGGGCAAGAUUGCUGAUGCAAAAGCUGUUUUUACUGGGCACUCUGCAGUAGUGGAAGACAUGGCAUGGCAGCUGCACCAUGAGUCUCUGUUUGGAUCUGUGGCAGAUGAUCAGAAGCUUAUGAUCUGGGACACAAGAUCUAAUACCACGUCCAAGCCAAGUCACUCAGUAGAUGCUCACACAGCCGAGGUCAACUGUCUGUCCUUCAAUCCUUACAGCAAGUUCAUUCUGGCAACUGGCUCUGCUGACAAGAUGGUGGCUCUGUGGGAUCUUUGAAACUUAAAGCUGAAACUCCAUUCUUUUGAGUCUCAUAAGGAUGAGAUUUUUCAGGUUCACUGGUCUCCUCAUAAUGAAACCAUUCUUGCUUCAAGUGGUACCGAUUGUCACCUUAAUGUAUGGGAUCUAAGUAAAAUUGGAGAAGAGCAGUCUGCAGAGGAUGCAGAAGAUGGGCCUCCUGAGCUGCUGUUUAUUCAUGGAGGACACACUGCCAAAACUUCAGACUUCAGUUGGAAUCCUAAUGAGCCUUGGGUAUUCUGUUCUGUAUCAGAGGACAACAUAAUGCAGAUAUGGCAGAUGGCAGAAAACAUUUACAAUAAUGAAGAACCAGAUAUAACAGCAGCUGAACUGGAAGCUCAAGGAAUGUAACUUUUCUUAAAGGAACCACUGGGCAUGACAUAGUAAUAUAAUUUGACUACUGUAUACAUAAAAUAAAGCCCUGAAAAAAAACCCUCCAAAACCAGAAGCAUUACAUCAAAACAAGAAUAUUCCUAAUUGGAUUAAGCAAAAAAGCUUGUAUAAUCAAGUUGUCAUGGGAUACCCCUGGUUCUUUGGGCAUUUUGAGCUGUUGUAUACUGUACAGCAAUUAGCUUCAGAGAAAAUAAGAAUGCCUUAAUGCCUGUCUAUAUUUUUAAAUAAACUCAGUGUAUUCCUGUAAAUAAAAUGGUCAAAUCCUCACUCUUCACACAUAGAAACUGUAUAUUUAAAAAAACCCUUUUUAUUAAUAUGUAAAAAGAGCUUUUCACUUUUGCAUACCAUUUUUGGAUUUGUUUUGCAUAAAUAAAAUACAUUAAGAAAAAAGUUUGGUGUGUCUGAUAU